CGGCUCUUUUCGGGACCGCCCGGGUGGCCCCGCCCCCAACUGACCCCGAACGCGGAAGUGCGGAGCCUGCGGCAGGGGAGCCGCGAGCGGAGCAUGGAAGAGCCAUGUGGGGCAGAUGGGCUGGGUGGGGGGGCCACAGCCCCCCAGGAGCCCGGCGUGUUGGUGGAGGUCGUGGGCGCGGAGCAGCUGGACCCCAGGGAGACAGUUCGGGCGCUGCAGGAGGAGCUGUCGGCCGCACUGGCUGAGGUGGAGACGCUGCGAGCCGUGGCCACCGUGAGCGAGGGCACCAAGCAGGAGGCUGUGGCCGCCGUGCGGCGUCAGUGCCAGGAGGAGGUGGCCUCGUUGCAGGCCAUCCUCAAAGACACCAUCAGCAGCUAUGAGGCCCGCCUGGAGGCCCUGCAGCAGGAGCAGCACGGUGGGGGCUCGUGGGGGAGCUGGGAGCUGAGCCGCCUGCAGCAGCAGCAGACGCAGGGAAACCCCCUGGACUCGCUGGAGCGGCAGAUGGAGAAGGCACAGGAGGACUCCGAGCGGCUGCGCAGCAUCGUGCUGCCCAUGGAGGAGGAGAUCGCCCAGCUCAAGAGCAAACUCUCCCGGGCCGAGGGACUGAUCCAGGGGCUGCGGGGGCCUGAGGGCUUGCUCUGCGUCUCGUCGGAGUCCCUGCUGUCUGACAGGGAGGCUCCCAGCCGGAUGCCCCCUGCCCACCCUGGGGGAGAGGGGGAUGAAGGCUCUGGACCAGAGGGCGAGGAGGAGCCGGGAGGGGGCCUGGCCUUCACCCGCGGCUGUGACAACGUCUCCAUCAUCUCCAUCGCCAGCUCCAGCGCUGGUUCCCCCCAGCCCCGCCGCCGCCCCAGCCCGGAGCACGAGGACACAGCCUCCCUGCUGUCCACUGGCACCCUUGUGCCCGAGAGCAUCUACCUGCUGCCCCCCGGCUUCCAGCUGGUGCCUGAUGGGGAGUGGGCACAACUGCAGCAGGAGGCCAGGCGGCACCAGGAGUCCCUGCAGCAGCUGAGAGAGCAGCUGGAGGCGGCGAUGCAGGAGAAGCUGGGACUGCAGGAGGCGCUGAGACAGAGCAGUGAGGACUGUGCCAAGCAGGUGCUGGUGCUGCUGGAUCAGAUCCAGAAGUCGGAGCAGCUGCUGCAGAACCUGCAGGCGACCGUGUCGCAGACCCAGCACCGGACCCAGGAGCAGAUAGCCGACCUGGCGUCAUCUCACAAGCGACUCAGCUACGAGGUGCAGCGGCUGAGCGAGGAGAAUGAGGGGCUGCGGGGCUCCCGGCCCCCCCUGGUCCCCGCUGAGGAGCUGCCACUGACCAGCUCUGUGCAGGAGCUGCAGGCCCUGGUGCGUCAGCUGCAGGAGGAGGCCGGGACUCUGCGCCGAGCCAGCGAGCACCAUAGCGAGCGGCUGCGCAUUGAGAUCGUCACGCUGCGUGAGCGGCUGGAUGAGGAGGAGGCCACCCGGGCCCGGCUGCAGGGGGUUCUGGAGGCCCAGCUGGGGGCCCAGCGUGAGGAGAGCCAGCUCAUGGAGGCCUCCCUUUGCAGCGUCCGGUCGGAGAUGGAGCGGCUACAGCAGCAGCUGGGGCAGGCAGAGCAUUGGGAGCAGAGGGGACCGUGGGGUCACACUGGUUUCCCAUUCCUGCCCCCAAAGGCAGAGCAGCGGGCACAGGGGCUGGAGCAGGACGUGCAGCGGCUCCGGGGGGACCUAACUCAGCGCGACCAGCAGGGCCAGGCCUGGGAACAGGAGAAGGCCAGGCUGGAGGCAGUGCUGUCUGAGCAGCGGGGGAAGCUGCAGCGGUUGCAGGCGGAGCUGGACACCAGUGAGCAGGUGCAGAGAGACUUUGUCCGCCUCUCGCAGACUCUGCAGGUGCAGCUGGAGAGGAUCCGCCAGGCCCCCUCGCUGGAGCAGGUGCGCAGCAUUGUGGAUGGGACGCGGCUGAAGGAUGUAGCAGAGCUCAAGGAGCCCUGAGAGGCUGGGACAGCAAGGGGCCCUCCCCCUAGGGGGGCAUGGAUGCCGCCUACCCUCCCCCUGUACGGGCACAGACUCCAACCCCUUUCCCUCCCCACCAGGGGGGCCUUGGACACUGGCCAGGCUCUGAGUGGCUAUCCUCUACUAACCCCCUUCCCCAGGCACCUGUGGGGGAUUGGGGCCAUCAGCCUGGGGAGACAGGUCCCAACUCCUCUUUGCCAACCUGCCCCAGCUCGGGGAUGAUGCCCCCCACCUGCACACUAACCAAAGAUGCAGCUGCUGUCCACCCCUCCACACACACACACAAGAGCGAGGCCUAUGGGGGAAGGAGUCAGGCAUGGCCCCAGCUCUGGCUCCCACCACAAGAAACAGCCUGUUAGUGACAGUUACUAACACUGAGGAGGGAUUUGGACUUGAGCUGGGGGAGGCCAGCUCCGACUCAGUGUCCAUCCUCCAUUCCCCCUCCCCCAGGUUCCUUCCCCCCCACAAUGGAUGGGAAGGGGCUGGGCCAAGCAGGCCCAUCGGCUCCCCUGACACUAACACUCCUCCAGCCUGCCUUUGUGUGGAGAGUCCACAGGGGGCAGGGUUAAUAAAGGUGACUUUGUGACCAUA